AUGGCUAGCCCCCGCCAAGUCGUCGUCUUUUGGGCGACGGCCCUCCUCGCGGCGGCUACCUUCUUUCUCUCCGGCAACGCCUCUCUCGGCGUCAACUGGGGCACCAUCACCUACCACCGCCUCCCUCCCAAAACCGUCGCUCGUCUUCUCCACGACAACGGCAUCAAAAGAGUCAAGCUUUUUGACGUUGACCCCUACACCAUGGAAACUCUCUCCAACACCGACAUCCAGGUCAUGAUCGCCGUCAACAAUCUCCUCCUUGCCGCCAUGAACGACUACGCCACCGCCAAAGCUUGGGUGAACGCUAACGUCACCCAUUACCGCACUCAUUCGAAGGUCAACAUCAAAUACGUGGCCGUCGGGAACGAACCUUUUCUCAAAGACUACAAAGACCGAUUCACAAAUGUAACUUUGCCCGCCCUCAAAAACAUUCAAAAGGCUCUCGACGAAGCCGGACUGGGCGAGGAAAUCAAAGCCACGAUUCCGAUCAAUGCCGACAUCUACUACUCGCCGUGGUAUAAUCCUGUUCCCUCCGCCGGAAAAUGGCGCGAUGAUGUCGCCGGUCUUAUGUCCGACAUUGUCAAAUACUAUAAUCAAACCGGCGCGCCUUUUACCGUCAACAUUUACCCAUUUUUCAGCCUUUAUAUAGACGCCAAUUUCCCCUCCGACUUCGCCUUCUUCGACGGAAAGGCGAAGCCAGUCGUUGAUGGAGAUUUAAUCUACACGAACGUCUUCGAUGCGAAUUACGACACGCUGCUCGCCGCGCUGAAAUCGGAGGGCUGCGGCGACGUUCCGAUCAUCGUCGGCGAAGUUGGUUGGCCGACCGACGGCGAUUUACACGCCAACGUAUCGAUAGCCGAGAGAUUCUACAAAGGAAUAACGCAAAAGAUAGCAAAAAAAACCGGGACGCCGCAGCGGCCUAAGGAGGAUAUAGAAGUUUAUCUCUUCGGGCUAUUCGAUGAAGAAGCAAAGAGCAUACUUCCGGGGCCUUUUGAAAGAAGCUGGGGCAUUUUUUCAACCGACGGAAAGCCGAAGUUUCCGGUGGACUUAUCGGGCGGCGGAGUGGCCGGAAAAGCGGCUGUCGCGGCGGUGGAAGUUAAUUACUUGGCGAAGAAAUGGUGCGUUUUGAACAAAGAGGCGAAGCAGGCGAAGAAUGAAAGCAGAGUGAGUGCGAAUAUGGAUUACGCUUGCGGUCAUGGUGCUGAUUGUAUGCCGUUAAGUUACGGUUCAUCUUGCUCUGGAAUGGAUUUGGAAAUGCAGGCUUCGUAUGUCUUCAAUUCGUAUUUUCAGGCGCUUGGACAGGGGACUGGGACGUGUGUUUUUGAUGGGUUGGCGAAGGAGACGACCAAGGAUUAUAGCAGAGGGAGCUGUAAGUUUGAGAUUGGGAUCAAGGCGUAUAAUCUUGGUGAAGUGGAGGCGCCGGCGCCGGCCCCGGUGGAGCAGGAUGAGGAUUCUCCGGCGAAGGUACAUGGUAAACAUGCUCAUGUUGGAAAUGAAGCUUCUGAGGGUAGGAGGAGAAGCAUGUGGAAGGUUGGAUCAGUGAUAAUGGCGUUUGUUUUGGCUGGAUUUUUGUUAGAUUAGCUAAGAAUGGAGUUGGAAAGGAUUUUUUUUUGGUUUGGGAGUUUGUUUGUUCUGUGGUUUGUGCCUGUGGUCUGGCAGAUAUUCCCAAGGAAAGAAACAAAAGGGAGAUGACCGGUAUUGUUAUUUUUAUUUUUAUUUUUUUAUUUUUUAUUUAUAUUUAUUAAGA